GUGAGUAAUAUUUAUGGUUUACGUUUACCGGAUGGACGGAUGUUGAUGAUGGCGACGGUUUAAAAAAAAUUUAAUUUCCAAACUAAAAACCACUUCAUUGAAUUAAAAUUUUACUUAAAACAACAGUGAGAGCUAAUUUCGGAUGUAAAAACCAAUUGAACUAUGCAAAACCGGUGCAUAAAUAGUGCUUGUGUAUUCUUGUUGUUUUUGUGCAGAAGAGUGUUUGAUGAGAAAAAGCUUGGUGUUGCUACCGGCGGAAGAAGUGCAUAAGAACUCAAGAAAGUAGUUUUUUCUUCGAAGGUGUCAACCAAUUAUGCUGUGAAUUUAAUGAUUUCUGUGCAAGAAUAUAGUUAAGCAGCCGAUUUAUGAAAAUAAACCACUAAAUAAAAUACAAUUUAUUCGUUGCAAAGAGUGAAAUGCAGCUGCAACUUAUAACCUUCCAUUACAUCGCGCGAACCAAUGACCAAGGCAUCAGCUCCGUCGCCAAAGCUAGCGAUAUGCGUUUUGCUCGUUAAGAGCUCAGUCCCGUAUGAAUUUAAUUAGAACCAAAUUCAUCCUGUUAAACAAUUCAUACAGAAAAUUCGCGCAUAAAUAAAAAACAACAACGAGCAAUUCACGAAAACGAGGAACAUUAAACGAGAAUUGAUGUAAAAAAAUCGCUUAGCUAAGAGAAAUCAACAAAUUUAAAGUGAAAAAUCGCAUGGGAAACGAAUGUGUAAAUUUUUACAGUACACUUAGUGGGCCAUUGAGAUAUCCUUUUUGAAAAUAGACGGAUAAUAAAUUGGAUUAAUUCAUAUUGGAAGUGUUUACUGUGGCCAAGUCGAACAUCCACCAGGUUAUGUAAAUUUAUAGUUGAUAAACAAAGCAAAUAGCUGAAAUCCCAAGAAAGUAAUAGUAUUGAAAAGCAAAUAUAUGUAUUACAACAAUAAAAUAUAUGUGUGUAACUUUAAAAUGAAAACGAAGGAAAUCGGCUCUCUAAAUAGUGUAAAAAAAUCAACAGAAAUGUGUAAUGCCGAGUAGCUGGCAAAAAUAAUUUGCCGGCCAAAAUUGCUUAUACGAAAAUUAUACCCUAAACACUUCGAAAGCGUAUUUAUUUGACUCUCGCGUGUGCAUAUAAAAUAUUUCCGAAAAAAAGUGCAGACCACAUAAAUAAAUACAUCACCUAUAAAAAAAUCGCAAACAAACAACUAUGUUCUCAAAUUUGUGUAUUAUUUUAAAAUUGAUAUAGGUGUAUGUAUGUAAUUGGAAUUUUUAAGAUUUUAACAGCCGCUUCAGGGUGGCCUGUGUGCACGUCACAUACAUACUAUACUCCUCCUAAUACAAACAAUAAUCGGCGUGAAAACGGGUGCCAAUUGUAUUUUUCCGACAUCGGAUAGCUACUUUCUUCAUAAGCGCGACGCCAACGCGCUAGCGCAUGCGCUUAAGAGCAACUAAGCUCUUCUAGAGGUGCUAGCAAACUUUGAAAUAAAAAGGAAAAACCUAGAAACAAUUUUCAACUUUAAAGCCACGUUUAACUGGAUUUUCAAAAUGUGGCUGUUGAUCAACAACUCUUUCCCCAAAGCGGAUAUAUUGUGGAUAAUAUUUCUGGCUAGUAUGCUGCUGAUUUGUGGAUUUAUUGACAGCGGAAGAGCGGCGGCUUCCACAUGCAUGGCUGUCGGCUGUAAAAAUGGCGGAACGUGUAUCACACAAAGCAAUGGACUCUCCUUUUGCAAUUGUAGUUCACGCUUUGUUGGCGAAUUUUGUGAACAUCUCAACCCUUGUUUUACUGGUCUCCUGCGCUGUCAAAAUGGCGGAACCUGCCAGCCUUCGUAUCGCAAUGAUCGUCUCGGCAUCUCUUGUAUAUGUCCGCUCGGCUUCACCGAAUCCUUGUGUGAAAUACGAGUGCCGAAUGCCUGCGAUUCGUCACCGUGUCGCAAUGGCGGCUCAUGCAAUCUGAAAACUUUAGAUGACUAUACGUGCACCUGCAUGAAUGGGUAUACAGGCGAUUAUUGUGAAACACAAAACCUAUGUGCCACAGCACCAUGCCACAAUGGUGGCACCUGCACCUCAGUCGCUGGCGGCAGUAGCUUCAAGUGCUUAUGCCCGAAAGGAUUCAAAGGACAGACUUGCGCCGAAGAUGUGAUAGAGUGUGAAGCGAACCCAUGCAAACAUGGCGGCACCUGUAAAAACACACAUGGCUCCUACCAAUGCAUGUGUCCUGGCGGCUACACCGGCAAGAAUUGCGAGUCGAAAUACAUUCCAUGUUCGCCAUCACCUUGUCAGAAUGGAGGCACAUGUCGUAUAUCGAGUGGCCUAAUGUACGAGUGCAAAUGCCCACUUGGCUUUCAAGGCAAACAUUGCGAAGAAAACAUUGAUGAUUGCCCCGGAAAUUUGUGUCAGAACGGUGGCACUUGCGUAGAUGGUAUCAACACAUACCGUUGUCUAUGCAAACCAAACUUUGCCGGAGAACUCUGUGAAGAAGAUGUGGACGAGUGCGCGAUGAGGCCAUCGGUUUGUCAAAAUGGCGCCACUUGCACCAAUACUAAUGGCAACUAUUCGUGUAUCUGCGUUAACGGCUGGGAGGGUAGAGACUGCAGCGAUAAUGUCAACGAUUGUGCAGCUGCAGCAUGCUUCAAUGGCGCCACUUGCAUAGAUGGGGUGGGGUCUUUCUAUUGUCGCUGCACGCCCGGCAAAACAGGUCUGCUGUGCCAUUUGGAAGACGCUUGUACAUCGAAUCCUUGUCAUUCGGAUGCAAUUUGUGACACGAGUCCCAUAAAUGGUUCCUAUACCUGUUCAUGUGCCACUGGCUAUAAAGGUGUGGAUUGUUCGGAAGAUAUCGAUGAGUGUGAUCAGGGUUUUCCUUGCGAACACAAUGGCAUAUGUGUGAAUACUCCUGGUUCAUUCAAGUGCAAUUGCUCCCAAGGUUUCACUGGCCCACGCUGUGAGACAAAUAUUAACGAGUGCGAGUCGCAUCCUUGUCAGAAUGAGGGUAGUUGCUUGGAUGAUCCUGGUACCUUCCGUUGUGUUUGCAUGCCCGGCUUUACUGGCACACAGUGCGAAAUUGAUAUUGACGAAUGCGAAUCAAACCCAUGCUUGAACGGUGGCACCUGCCACGAUAUGAUUAAUGGAUUUAAAUGUUCGUGUGCGCUUGGGUUUGCUGGGACACGUUGUCAAAUAAAUAUAGAUGAUUGCCAGUCACAGCCGUGUCGGAAUAAUGGCAUAUGUCACGAUUCUAUCGCCGGUUAUACUUGUGAAUGUCCACCUGGUUAUACGGGUACCUCUUGCGAGAUCAACAUCAACGACUGUGAUUCGAACCCAUGCCGUCGUGGCAAAUGCAUUGAUGGUGAUAACUCUUUCAAAUGCGUAUGCGAUCCUGGUUUCACUGGUUACCUUUGUCAGACGCAAAUCAAUGAAUGUGAAUCCAAUCCAUGUCAAUUCGGUGGCCACUGUAUCGAUCGCGUCGGAUCCUAUCUCUGCAAGUGUCUGCCUGGUACGUCGGGUAAAAACUGUGAAAUUAAUGUAAAUGAGUGUCAUAGCAAUCCCUGUAACAAUGGCGCCACUUGUAUUGACGGCAUCAACAAGUACACUUGCGAAUGCGUGCCCGGCUUCACGGGCCUACAUUGUGAGAUUAAUAUCAAUGAAUGUGCCUCGAAUCCUUGUGCCAAUAACGGUGUCUGCAUGGACAUGGUAAAUGGUUACAAAUGUGAAUGUCCACGCGGUUUUUAUGAUGCGCGAUGCCUGAGUGAUGUGGACGAGUGUGCUUCGAAUCCUUGUAUAAAUGGCGGACGCUGUGAAGAUGGUAUUAAUGAGUUUAUCUGCCAUUGUCAACCUGGCUAUGGUGGCAAACGCUGCGAGAUUGAUAUCGACGAGUGCAGUUCAAACCCUUGCCAACACGGUGGCAUAUGCAUAGAUCAGCUGAAUUCUUUCCAAUGUCAGUGCAUGCCCGGCUAUACAGGCUACCGUUGCGAGACGAAUAUUGACGAUUGUAUCAUGAAUCCAUGUGUGAAUGGCGGUUCCUGUAUUGACCUGGUAAAUGGUUAUAAAUGUGUCUGCAAGGUGCCAUUUACGGGUAGAGAUUGCGAAUCGAAGAUGGAUCCCUGUUCAACGCAUCGCUGUCGGAAUGAUGCAAAGUGUACGCCUUCCCCCAACUUCCUGGACUUCUCCUGCUCCUGCAAACUUGGUUACACUGGACGUUAUUGUGACGAGGAUAUCGAUGAAUGUGCGUUGUCAUCCCCCUGUCGAAAUGGUGCGACCUGCCUCAAUGUGCCCGGCACUUAUAAAUGUCUCUGUGCAAAAGGUUACGAGGGACGUGAUUGUGCCAUCAACACCGAUGAUUGUGCUUCGUUCCCUUGUCAGAAUGGUGGCACAUGUUUGGAUGGCAUUGGCGACUAUACAUGCCUUUGCGUUGACGGAUUCGAUGGCAAACAUUGUGAAACGGAUAUCAAUGAAUGCCUCAGCCUGCCUUGUCAGAAUGGUGCGACCUGCCGUCAAUAUGUAAACUCGUACACAUGUACGUGUCGGCUUGGCUUCUCGGGCAUCAACUGUCAGACCAACGACGAAGACUGCACUGAAAGUUCCUGUAUGAAUGGUGGCACGUGCAUUGAUGGUAUCAACGGCUACAAUUGUUCGUGUCUGCCUGCCUUUACGGGCUCGAAUUGUCAGUACAAGAUCAACAAGUGCGACUCACAGCCCUGCCAGAAUGGCGCCACGUGCCACGAAAGCGGCGAAGAGUAUACAUGUCACUGUCCACACGGCUAUACGGGCAAACAGUGUACGGACUAUGUGGACUGGUGUUCUCAAUCUCCUUGUGAGAAUGGCGCCACUUGUUCACAGAUAAAGAACCAGUAUAAUUGUAAAUGCGCUGCCGGUUGGACGGGCAAGCUGUGCGAUGUGGAGAUGGUUUCUUGCGAAGUCGCAGCGAUACGUAAACAAGUCAGUCUCAAACAACUUUGCAACAAUGGCACCUGCAAGGAGAUGGGCAAUUUGCAUUUAUGUCACUGCAAACAGGGUUAUACGGGCAGCUAUUGCCAAACGGACAUCAAUGAGUGUGAGUCGCAGCCAUGCCAAAAUGGCGGCACAUGUCUGGAUCGCGUGGGCGAGUAUAAAUGUAUGUGUCCGAAGGGUUUCCAAGGACAGAACUGCGAAUUAAACAUCGAUGACUGCUCGCCGAAUCCAUGUCAGAAUGGCGGUACAUGCCACGAUUUGGUGCAAUCCUUCAGCUGCUCCUGUCCGCCUGGCACAUUGGGCAUCAUUUGCGAGAUAAAUCAGGAAGAUUGCGUGCCAGGCGCUUGCCAUAACAACGGCACCUGCAUCGAUCGUGUGGGUGGUUUCGAGUGCGCGUGUCCGGCUGGUUUCGUGGGUUCUCGUUGCGAAGGUGACAUAAACGAAUGCCUUUCAAAUCCCUGUUCUAAUGCGGGUACUUUGGACUGCGUACAGCUGGUGAAUAAUUAUCACUGCAACUGCAAGAACGGCUACAUGGGACGCCAUUGCGAGAACAAAGUGGACUUUUGCGCAAAUUCUCCUUGCCAAAAUGGCGGUAUUUGUUCGACAAAACAGUCUGGUCACCAUUGCGUCUGCCCGGUUGGUUUCUAUGGCAAAAAUUGUGAAUUUUCUGGUAAUGAUUGUGACUCGAAUCCAUGUCAAGCGGGUAACUGCGUGGUCGAUAUGAUUCGUGGUUACCGCUGCGAUUGUCCGCCUGGCACCGAAGGCGUGCACUGUGAAAUCGAUAUGCUGGAUGAGUGCGCUUCAAAUCCAUGUCGGCAGGGUGCUGCAUGCGAGAAUUUACUCGGCGAUUUUGUUUGUUUCUGCCCAAGACAAUGGGCUGGAAAACGUUGUGAAAAUUACGAUUCUAACUACCCCGGUUGGGCUUCGGACAACAGCCGUGGACCGCUCAACAAAUAUACAAAAGAUCUUGAAUAUCAACGAGAAAUGUGCGUCAAGCGGGGCUGCGAACAGAAGAAGGGCAAUCAUAAGUGCGAGCCGGAGUGCAACACAUACGCGUGUAACUUCGACGGCAACGACUGCUCACUGGGAAUCAAUCCCUGGGUGAAUUGCACCGCGAAAAUAGAGUGUUGGCGAGUUUUCAUGGAUGGCCAGUGCAAUGAGGAGUGUAACAAUGCAGCUUGUCUGUUCGAUGGUCGCGAUUGUGCCAAGAAAUUGCAACGAUGUAAUCCGACGUAUGAAGCCUAUUGCCAAAAACACUACGCGGACGGUCACUGUGAUUAUGGCUGCAACAAUGCGGAGUGCAACUGGGAUGGUUUGGACUGUGAAAACAAUCUCGAGCAACCGAAUUUAGCUGAUGGUGCUAUCUCUGUGGUGAUGUUAAUGGAUAUCAAAACGUUCCGCGACAAGCAGGUGGAAUUUUUACGUGAAAUGGGUCAUUUACUUCGCACUACGGUGCGCAUCAAGAAGGACUCCAUGGGUAAUGAUAUGAUUUUCACCUGGAAAGGCACUUCGCAGAUGACUGAGCUGCAAAACUCAGAAUUCGGUCGUAAGCACAGAAUUCUAUCAAGCGAGCGCAACGACCAAACUGGCAUACAAAUUUAUCUGGAAAUCGAUAAUCGUAAAUGUAUAGAUUGCUUCAAUCGCGCCGCCGAAGCAGCCGAGUUUUUGGCGGCUUCUGCUUCCAAAUACUCGCUCUCGCCAAAGUUCAACAUCUAUAGCGUGCGUGGCGUACAGAAUCCAGGCGAAGAUGUGGAAGAACGUCCCAGCAACGUCAAAUAUGUGCUCAUCGGUAUAAGUAUUGUGGUAUUCGCAUUUCUUGGAGUGCUGGUAACUACGCAACGCAAGCGCGCGCAUGGCAUUACUUGGUUCCCGGAGAAUUUCCGUACCACCACUUCUACCGCAGUAAAUCAUCAGCGGCGCCGACGUGACACUGGCCAGGAAAUGCGAAACUUAAAUAAAAACCCCUCAAUUGCGUGCAUGAGUAAUGACGUCAACAUGAAUUCCGGUCAUAUGGGACACGCGCCGCAAUGGUCGGAUGAUGAAUCAGAAUUGCCACCACAGAAGCGCAUGCGCAAUGAACAUGGUGGCUAUGCUAGUGACCACACAAUGGUAACCGACUACGAGGAGGCCGACCCACGUGUAUGGUCUCAAGCACAUCUCGAAGUAGCGGAUGUACGUUCGUCAAUUAUGACGCCGCCUGCACACCAGGAUGGCAAACACGAUGUGGAUGUGCGUGGGCCAUGCGGUAUGACACCACUUAUGGUAGCAGCAGUGCGCGGUGGCGGUAUGGAUACAGGCGAAGACAUCGAAAACUCUGACGAUCAAACUGCACAAGUGAUUUCUGAUUUGUUGGCGCAGGGUGCCGAGCUAAACGCUACAAUGGACAAGACUGGUGAAACAUCGUUGCACUUGGCUGCGCGUUAUGCGCGUGCAGAUGCUGCAAAACGUUUACUGGACGCCGGCGCCGACGCUAACUGUCAAGACAACACCGGCCGCACACCACUUCAUGCUGCAGUGGCCGCCGAUGCAAUGGGCGUUUUUCAGAUACUGCUACGCAAUCGUGCCACUAAUUUAAACGCCCGCAUGCAUGAUGGCACCACUCCACUCAUACUCGCCGCACGUCUAGCUAUCGAGGGCAUGGUUGAGGACUUAAUCACUGCUGAUGCGGACAUCAAUGCUGCCGACAACUCUGGUAAGACCGCCCUUCACUGGGCGGCCGCUGUCAACAAUACCGAGGCCGUCAAUAUACUGCUCAUGCAUCAUGCCAAUCGGGAUGCACAGGAUGACAAGGAUGAAACACCACUCUUUUUAGCAGCGCGCGAAGGUUCUUACGAAGCCUGCAAAGCGAUGCUAGACAACUUCGCCAAUCGUGAAAUUACUGAUCACAUGGAUCGCUUACCACGCGAUGUUGCCUCAGAGCGCUUGCACCACGACAUCGUUCGAUUGUUAGACGAACAUGUGCCGCGCUCGCCACAAAUGAUGGCCAUGACGCCACAGACAAUGAUCGGCUCACCGCCACCAGGCAGUCAAGCACAAAUUAUUUCGCAACCCACUGUCAUUUCAUCAUCAAAGCAACCAGCACAAACCGCCAAAUCAAAGGCGGCGAAAAAGGCAAAGCUAUUGGAGGGCAGUCCGGACAAUCUGCUCGAUGGCGGCAGUCUUCGACGCAAACCGGGCUCAAAAAAGGGGACAGGGGGCUCGGUGUCAAAAAAGGGCGGACAAAACGGCCUUACGGCAGCACAACUGCUGAAUGGCUUGGGUGGUGGGCUGACAGCACACGGCCAGGGACUGGAGGGAGUGGAUCAACAGCAACUGUUGGAUGCCGGUCUCAGUGCGGUGGACUCACCGCCACUGACGGGGCUAACAAGUCAACCGAGCCCGUACGACACGUCGUCACUCUAUUCGAACGCGAUGGCGGCACCAACACACCACCACAACGAUCUACUGGGCAACAGCAACGGCGCGAAACAACCACCCAGCUAUGAAGACUGCAUAAAGAACGCACAGACAAUGCAAAGUUUAGUGCAGCAGCAACAGCAGCAAAAUAAUAUGGAUUUAAUUAAAAUGGAUAAUUAUGUCUACUCUCGUGGUUCGCCCUUUCAUCAGGAAAUGAUCGGCCAGAAAGGCAACAAUCAGCAAGGCAUGAAUUCGCUUUGCGGUGGUGGCGGUGGCAAUCUGGGCCACAACGGGCCUGGUAAUAUGGGCGGUCAUGAGCAUGGACUGAGUCCGCCCUAUUCCAAUCAAUCGCCACCGCAUUCCGUGCAGAGCAGCAUGGCGCUCUCGCCACAUGCUUACUUGGGCUCACCAUCGCCCGUCAAAUCACAUCCUAGCUUACCCACCUCACCCACGCACAUGCAGGCCCUGCGUCAUGCGACCCACCAAAAGCAAUUCGGCAACAAUGUGAAUUCUUUGCUAGGUGGUGCUGCCAACAACAAUAACAGCAACUCUACAAAUGGCCCACAGAGCAAUUCGUCAAUGAAUUCGCCGCAAAGCAUGAGUUUUCAAUCGCCUAGCAGUCAAAGCCUGUCGCAACAGAGUUCACCGGUGAGUGUGGGCAUUGUGUCGCCGACAGGUAGUGAUGGCAUGAUGAUGGCGCCACAGCAAACACAGCAACAGCAACAACAACAACAGCUGCAGCAACAGCAACAACAGCAGCAGCAGCAACAGCAACAGAACUCGAAAAGCAGUGCAAUAAUGCAAACUAUGCAACAACACCAACAGCAGCUUGUGAGUCUCGACUUCGGUUCAGCCGGCUUGGACUUGAAUGGCUUUUGCGGAUCACCGGAUUCAUUUCAUUCCGGCCAAAUGAAUCCGCCAUCGAUACAAAGUACAAUGUCAGGUUCCUCGCCCGCAACCAAUAUGCUGUCGCCAUCCUCCCAGCACAAUCAGGCUUUCUAUCAGUAUCUGACACCGACCAGUCAGCACUCCGGCGGCCACACGCCCCAGCAUCUGGUGCAAACACUUGAUAGCUAUCCAACGCCAUCACCCGAAUCGCCCGGCCACUGGUCAAGCUCGUCGCCACGUUCCACAUCGGACUGGUCCGAAAGCGUACAAUCGCCGGCGGGUAACAAUCUGUACAUUUCCGGGGGACAUCAGGCCAACAAAGGUUCGGAAGCGAUUUACAUUUGACAAUAAGCACAGGUGGCAGCAGCAGACGUUGUUGCAACGCUGCUCUGCUCAAACGUUUCGUAGCGUGAACGUGUGUGAAAGUGUAAACACUAAAAGUAUCCUACAUACAUAUAACGCUAUCUUUAAAAUAUUUUUAGUAGCAUGUAGUUUGUACAAAAAUAAAGCAAAAAACAAAAAGAAAAAAAAACAGUAAAUGGAAAAUCCAAGAUUCCAGUGACAAGAGCGUGUGUAAAAAGUUAAAAAGUGAGAAAAUUAAUAAUAAAUAUUAAACGAGCAGAGAACGAACGAACUGAAAGGAAAUGCAGCGUAAAAGUGGUGCUUGCUAAGCGCUUUUAACGAUAGGUAUGUGUGCAAGGUGCAUAUGUACAAAUGUAUGUAGGAAUGGGUGUGCACAUACAUAUUUAUUGUUAUUACUGUUGUGAUUGACACGCAUGUGCUUGACACCCGGCUGCAUGGAGACUUAGAUGCUUCCUUUUCAAAAAAGGAAGUCAGCCAUAUUUUUUAAGUAUGCAUUUUUACACCAUAUACAAACACAUAUACAUAUACAUACACAAAAUAUAAAUAUCGUAAAUAAUGUACGCAUGAACAGUUGAGGUGCCUAUUGUAAAUUGUCUUUAUUAAUUUCUUAAAUAGCAACAUGUGAACAGGACCUAGAAAACCAACUCUGCUAAUGCUGCAUAAAUGCACGUAAAUAUGUUAUAGAACUAUAAAUUAUACAUACAUACAUAUUAAAUACAUAGCAUACAGGUAAAUAUUUACAUACAUACAUACCUACAUAAAUACCGAUAAUGAACAAAUGAAAAUCAGCUGCAAAAAAGAAACUCACAAUCGAAUCUCCUACCAGAGUAGUAAAUACAUACAUACAUCUAUGCAUAAAUUUAAUGCAAACGAAAUUAGUUGUAUACAUACGUAUUUAAUGUAUAUGUUAAGCAAGAAAAUAUAUUACUUUUAAUACGCAUACGUGUAAAAAAAAUUAUUGUUAAAAUAUUACGCGCACUUGAAAUCGCCUGAGUGAAAAACGAAUUUUUUUUUGAUAAAUUAUGUCAAUGUAUCACGUCAAAAUUUAGAUAAUUAGAAAGUUGUGGUGUUUGUUUUUUAAAUGUUAUAACAUGUUGGGCUGUAAAGCAUAGAUUUUGUUUGUCAUAUAAAGAGAGAAGAUUACAAAUACUUAGUACGCAGUACUGAUUUGCAUAAAUUUGUCUGUUACUUAACUCUUUUCGAGAGUCAUCGGCUAGACGCAAGCAAAAAUUUGGACAUAAAUGAUAUGAACUUACCUCCGUUUAUUUUUUCUUCCAUUCAAUAUAUGUUUUUUUUUAUCUUCCAAAAGGUUUGUUGUACUCGGAAGUUAAUAUUAGAUUUUUUGAAAAUUUGAUUUACUCAAGUAGUGCUAUUAUUUAGCUACAUUAUGUAAAUAAGAAAUUAAAAGCAAAAAAUAAGUUAAAGUUACAAUCGGAAAUUUGCCUGCUUGAUAACACCAGGCAAGCCACAAAAUGCUUUCGCCGAAGUGCAAACUUCCAAUGAAACUAACUCGUUGACUGUCGUCUUGCCCAAUACCCAACACCUUUUUCCACUAAACGUACUGAAAUAAGCAAAGUUAGAACUUCAAUCCGCUGACAAAUCUUUUAGCUGCAUGAAGCGCUGAAGGCUGCAGCACCUAGUGUUUCCACGACAGUCGGUUCUACGUUACCGAAACGACCCGGAUUUAUAUCCGGCCAAGGACUGUCACCCCAGCAGCAUUUCCCGUAUGUAAGUAUGGGGAAUGUUUAUGCUGCUACAACAACAACAACAGCACCUGGAACGCUUAGUAAUUGCUAGCAACAUUUCACGGCAAUCCCAGUGAGUAUUGCUGGUGAAUUUGCAGUGCGACGAAGUUAGUACUAGCCUUAAGUACAUGCAUAUAUAUAUUUCUACAUACAAUAACCAUAUGAAACCCGAGCAUUUCGAUGAAAUUGAAUAAGUAGAGAUUUCUUUCUUUUCUUCAAUUUUCGAAAAAAUGUCAAAUAAUUCUAUGGUAGCAUUACAGAUAAUUAGAAUGGGCUGAGUAAUCGCUCAACACCACCUUUUCUAUGUUGCACUUUUGCCCGUUAACGAGUACAACAUUGCGGUAUAUGCGCAAUAAUGUAUCUGCACCCCAAGACACUCACUGCUGAGCACUUUGGAUGCUGUGGUGUUUGUAAUUAACAAUACGCAGUUUUUUAGUCAGCAAGAAUUACAUUGUAAGCAUAAAAAUUGCUAGUUGCAUUGCCUUUGUAGUGCAAUGGAAUGCAGUAAUAUGUAAUUGUUAUGAGAGGAAAAGGAAAAGGACUAUAAUAACACAAUGUCAAGAGAAAAGUACUCAGUUUUUUCCCAAGGUUAAAACAAUAAUGAGCAGUUCGCUAAGCACUUUGGUGCUCAACUGCCUUGAGGGGUAGCAACACGUACCUGGUAAAAUUUUUCAUUCAUGAAAUAUUUGUGCAAUUCCCAGAAGCUUUCUUUACCUACUUGCGUCAUAAUUUUUUUCUGACUUCAUAAGAAUGCUUGUAUAGGGUUGUUCAAUAGGUGCGCUUCAACUUUUUUCCGAUAGGGAGGGCGAACGACGCAAUAUUUUUUUAUUUUUCGCUUGUCAUUUGUAAACUUCAUUAGUAUACAUUUCAUCAUGGAACGCUACACACUUGAGCAACGAUUGCAAAUCGUGCAAAUUUUUUAUGAAAAUAAUCGUUCUGUUGCUGCCACUUUAAGAGCAUUACGGCCAGUUUAUGGUCCAUUUAACAAGCCGUCCCGUUUUGGGGUUAUGUGAAGUCAUUGGUCUACAGUAACAAGCCGGCGACGAUUUGUGAGCUCAAAGCCAAUAUUGAACG